GAACUUGCCGAAUCUAAGUGACAUUUCGAAACUGACUUUGACGCUAAUUUAUUUCAUUUCUGUUGUGUUGAGAAUUUUUAAAAUACUUCUUGUGAAAUUUUAGCUACAUUUGUAUGAAAUACAAAUAAAAUAAAUUUCCUCUGGAUUAGACCUGUAAUUAAAAAAAAUAUACCACAAAUCCUUAUUUUCAAAGACAUGUUAUACACUUCCUCAUUACAAUGGGUAAUUGUAACUUUGCGUGAAUAGAUUCAGAACGAGAGACAUUGACGUCAGUGUUGCAGUGUGGGGUGUGGCAAGACAAGCAGAUCUGGUUUGCAUCUCAUUUGGCCAGGGUGCUGAAUGAAAAGAAAAAAGUAAAACUAAGACAACAUACAAAAGUCAAAAACAGGUCACGGUAAUAGUAUUUGUCUCGAAAUUAAGAACAAAUCUCCACCACAAGGCUUCACUAAAUGGGAUGCACUUGGCUGAAGAACCUAGCAUGUAUCGCUACGUUUCUUCUCAUGACAUGCCUAAUGGUGUCUGUCAUCAUAUAUCUCCGGUCCCACUGUCAGUACAUAUCUGGAAAGAAUUCUACACAGGCCUUCAACGCCAGGCAAUAUGGCUGCGAUACAAAACCCAUUGUAUUGACUGAUACGAUCGUGCUAAAGACAAUGGGAUCCUAUAAAAACUUCAGUCAAGCUUGGAGCGAGGCAGAAGAAAAAGCAAGGAAGCCAGCACACAGAUAUAUUGAGAAACAACAUGCUGUGGCCAUAUACAUGUAUACAGAAUCUUUCCUUAAGAAUUCCAACAAAAAAGUGGACACGCCGAACAUAAGUGGACAUCAAAUGAGCAAAAAUGACACAAUAUAUAUUGAUCCGAGGCUUUAUUCUUCUCUGAGUGAAGCCAUUCGGGGUCUGAAAAACAGCCAGGUAACAUGUCUAAAAGGCAGCUACAGAACACAAAGGCACUUACAUGUGGACAUCUCUAACAAACAAGUCCGGUUCGGCUCAUUUAUUUUAGCUUCUGACAAAAAGAGUCUCCAACGGAGUUCUGCAUGUUUUGAGAUGAAAACGUGUUUCGGUGCCGAUAUAAGCCAUUACUCUGCGCUGGGAAUAAAUAAUCAGGUGCUGAUUCCUCCAUAUGAGGUCUUCAAAGUGUCUGCUGUCCACGUUGACUUCACGGAGGACUGUAACAUCACCUACAAAUUGGAGAGCAACCUCAACUGUGUGUAUGAUACAAAGGGAGAGAUGUUACAUUUGAUAUCUGCAUCACAAGGGGAAGAAUUGUGGUGCAUGGUCAUUGCUGUUUUUGUCACCGCUCUCUGCCUCCUGGCAUCGCUCAUUGUUUUCAAACUAUAUCAAAAGAAAUCUCAUCCUCAAAGUCUUUAUUUCCAACAAGUAACCGAUUUUCAGGAUGGGAAUGUCAUGCAUACAUCAUCAUUCAAUCUUAAAUAAAUGUAAUUUCCUUGAA